CUGCCUGCGUUCUCCAUGGACGGAGACUUUGUGAUUGGAGGCGCUUUUGUGAUUCACUACCAAGUGAGCGCGGUGGUUAACAACUACACCACCAAGCCUGGGGUGGCAGCAUGCACAGGGAGCUUUAGUGCCCGGGAUCUCCGCUUUGCACGCACAAUGAUCUUUGCAAUCGAGGAGAUAAACAACAGCACAGAGCUGCUGCCGGGUGUCAGACUGGGUUAUCAGAUCUAUGAUACAUGCUCCUCUGUGCCUGUUGCCACGCAUGUGGCAUUUCAACUAUCAAACGGUCAGGACCCCGUGUUCUAUGAAGACAGUGACUGCUCACAGUCUGGAGUGGUGGUGGCUGCUGUCGGAGACUCUGGAUCCACCCCGUCCAUCAGCAUCUCACGCAUCGUAGGGCCCUUCAACAUCCCUCUGGUGAGCCACUUUGCCACCUGUGCCUGCCUGUCAGAUAAAAAGCAGUUCCCGACUUUUUUCAGAACGAUUCCCAGUGACCAUUACCAAGCUGAUGCACUGGCCAAGCUGGUGAAACACUUUGGUUGGACGUGGAUAGGAGCCGUCCACUCGAACUCAGAAUAUGGUAACAAUGGCAUGGCCUCUUUUCUUGGGACGGCACUCAGAGAGGGGAUCUGUGUGGAGUACAUCGAAUCCUUCUACCGGACCGAUCCGAGGAACAAAAUCCGGACAGUAGCUGAUGCUAUUCGCAGGUCAACAGCUACAGUUGUUGUUGCGUUUGUAGCUGCUGGUGACAUAAAGUUUCUGCUGGAGGAGCUGGCUCUGGACCCUCCUCCACCUCGGCAGUGGAUCGGAAGUGAAGGAUGGACAACUGACCCAAACUUGAUGAGCUUCAGUUUCUGUGCGGGAGCCAUAGGAGUUGCUAUUCAGAAAUCUGUCAUCCCAGGUCUGAGAGAUUUCCUCCUGGAUCUCUCUCCCUCUGAAGUGGCUGCCUCUCCGCUGCUGGCUGAGUUCUGGGAGGAUUCGUUCAACUGCAGCCUGACAACAAGUGUCAAUAAGAAAAAAUGUGAUGGAACAGAAGAUAUUAAAUCCCUUAAAAGUCCGUACACUGAAACAUCUCAGCUAAGAAUUUCUAACAUGGUUUAUAAGGCCGCAUAUGCAGUAGCACAUGCUAUUCACAAUGCAGUGUGUCAGGAAACAAACGGAACCACUCAGUGUGACAAACAGAUGCGUUUGGAGCCCAAACGGGUUUUUACUGAACUAAAGAAAGUGAACUUUUCCCAGAAUGGAUAUCAUGUUUCAUUCGAUGCUAAUGGAGAUCCUGUGGCUUUUUAUGAGCUGGUGAACUGGCAGAAAAGUGAGAAAGGUGUUGUUGAGCUGGUAACGGUGGGGUAUUAUGAUGCAUCACUGCCUAUAGGACAGAAGUUUCGUAUUAACAGGAAUUUAAGCUGGAUGGAUGGCAAAAAACAAGUUCCAGGGUCAGUUUGCUCAGAGAGUUGUCCUCCAGGAACUCGUAAAGUGUUGCAGAAAGGAAAUCCAAUCUGCUGCUAUGACUGUAUACCAUGUCCUGAAGGAGAGAUCAGUAAUAUGACAGAUUCCCCUGAUUGCUUCCCAUGUCCCAGAGAGUUCUGGUCAAAUGCAAAGAGAGAUGCUUGUUUCCCGAAACCUGUGGAGUUUCUUUCCUUCGAUGAAGUCCUGUCAAUCAUCUUGGCUGUAGUUUCCAUCAGUGGAGCCUGUCUGGCCAUCAUUACAGCAGUGAUUUUCUUCCAUCACAGAACAACUCCAAUUGUCAGAGCCAACAACUCAGAGCUGAGCUUCCUGCUGCUCUUCUCUCUGACUCUGUGUUUCUUAUGUUCAUUAACUUUCAUUGGAGCCCCCUCUGAGUGGUCCUGCAUGCUGCGGCACACAGCGUUUGGCAUCACAUUUGUUCUCUGUAUCUCCUGUGUUCUUGGGAAAACUAUAGUGGUUUUAAUGGCCUUUAAAGCUACACUUCCUGGUAGUAAUGCAAUGAAAUGGUUUGGUCCAACACAGCAAAGAAUGACUGUAGUGUCGUUUACAUUUAUUCAGGUUAUAAUAUGUAUCAUUUGGUUGGUUGUGAGUCCUCCCUUCCCAGUGAAAAAUCUGACCACCUACAAGGAGAAGAUCAUCCUGGAAUGUGCGUUAGGCUCUGCUGUUGGUUUCUGGGCUGUGCUCGGCUACAUCGGCCUGCUGGCUGUGUUUUGCUUUGUGUUAGCUGUUCUAGCUCGGAAACUACCUGAUAAUUUUAACGAAGCCAAGAUGAUAACCUUCAGCAUGUUGAUAUUCUGUGCAGUCUGGAUCACCUUCAUCCCAGCUUAUGUCAGCUCUCCUGGAAAAUUGACUGUGGCUGUGGAGAUAUUUGCUAUUCUGGCCUCCAGUUUUGGACUCAUACUGUGUAUAUUUGCUCCAAAGUGUUUCAUCAUUUUGUUUCAACCUGAUAAGAACACCAAGAAACAUUUAAUGAACAAAAACUAAGUUAAACCUCCAAGACGACUGGAAUUAAUGUGACAAAAAUACAGGUAGUAUUAAUCCAGUUGUUGCAUAUCUUAAAUUAUUUACACCUAUUUGAAAAAGCUUUGCUGCCAUGCAUUAAGUAAACAGUUUGGAGCAGUAGUUUAUAUGCACACAUGUUCCAUUGUGGGAGUGUAAUGUAUGUCAGUCUGUUGUUUUCUUGUU